GGUUUCGUUUUUUCGUUGUUGUCCUCAGUAUUUCACUGCGUCAGUUUGUGGUCGGUCGUUCGCGUUCAGUACGUACCUGAUAUAUUGCUCGUGUUUUUUUCUUCUAAUCAAAUAUAAUUCGAUUUUUCCAGUUUAACGCAACGUAAAUAAUGCGUUUAUACACUCGUAAGACGCGUGUAUACUGCGAUCAGAAUAUUAUUUUGUGAACGAUAUACAAAAGAGGAAGAGAAUCUAUUCCAUAUAAUAAUUAUAUUGGACGAAAAUAAAAGAGCCGUUCGUUGAAGUCUCCGCUGACGCCAUGAAACCAACUUCGGUUUAUCUGAUCCUAUUGAUCGGAUUCUGCGUAUCCCGUAUUAACUAUGGACAAAAUCUCGUGGAAGAAGAGUUCAUACCAUCCGUUACUGCGACAUGCAAAGCUGGAUACAUGACGAUUAAAGUCACCACCAACCAGCCUUUUGUUGGGGCCGUGCACGCUAGAGAUUAUCGUUCACCGAGUUGCUUGAGUUACGGUAACGGCACCAAGCUCACCACGCUCGGCAUCAAUCUUUUGGCCACCCAAGGAUCGACCGAUUACUGUGGAAUAUUCAUUAACAACAAAACCGAAGAAAGAUCAGUACCGAUUGCUAUAAGAAUACACAGGACUCUAGAACUUGCGGACGAUAAGUAUUACGUCAUCACAUGUGGCAAAUCGGGAUUCAAGAAUUCCAAAAACGAAACGUCGUUGGUAUCAUUAAAAUUUCUCGAGAACGGGAAAAGAAUUCAGGAAGUUGUUUACAGCCAUCCAUACACACUAAGGGCUGAGAUAUCUAGACACGAUGGCGCCUAUGGAAUACGCGUUAAGAACUGUUUUGCGUUCAACAAGAGGAACAACAGCGUCAACCUCAUCAAUGAGCUCGGUUGUCCGUCCAACUCGAAGGUCAUCACGCCGUUCAAGUACGACCCAAAGUCGGGGUACGCGGACGCGACGCUGUCUUCUAUGUUCCGGUUUCCGGACAGCCCGGAACUGUAUUUCCAGUGCGACAUCGAGGUGUGUCGGGGCGCGUGCGUGGAGCCCGACUGCGACGGCGUAUCCGCGGUGCAGUUGCAGCAGCAGCAGCAGCAGCAGAUCAAGUACGAGUUCGCUGUUGACUCGCCAGCGGAAAACGGCACGUUGACUGCCAGCACGACGGUUUUCGUGCUCGAGCCCGGCGAGACGGCCCGCAGCCUGACGCUAUGCGACGACCCGGCUGACGGUGGCAUCCGUCCACCGUGGCUGCUAUACCUGUGCAUAGCGUUCGGGCUAAUGUUCCUCAUUAUGCUCGUCAUCAACGUGUUCCUGUGCUCGGCGAUGACGUGCUCGUGCGCUCGCACCGACAUCAUUGAAAAAGAGCCCAGCAUCAUCGAAGACUACGACCCGUACCGUAGCUGGCAUGGUUCGCAGUACGGAUCGAGGUAUUCAUUAAAUGGUAAGCCAGGAUACGUAUCUGGUGGCUCUACGAUGAAUUCAACUAGAUCCAUGUCGACAAAUAGCGAUCAUUAUGCGAUAGUACACUCACGACCAGGUAGUCGGUACUCGGGCACCGCCAAACACCAUCCACACAUGAGAGGACCGCCAUCCAAUAUUGGAUCACAUUAUUCUGGAAAAUAAUAAUUUUCUAAAAUAUAUCAAUAUAUAUACAUAUAUUUAUAUAUUAUACUAUUAUUUAGUUA